UUACUAAGUAUUUUAAAGAGGAAUAAACCUUAGAAAUCGAUUUCAUAUUUCAAUUGGUCAUGAUACCACCCUAUCAAGACAAAAGUUGCAAGUUCGAAAUCUAUCGAUCCAGACAAAUUCAAUAAAUAUAUCAAUACAAAUUUCGUAUAACGAUGAGAUUGACAUUAAUAAUCGUUAUUUUCCUCUUUCACAUCCAUCUUCUUCAUGCUUUCUCUUUAUCUUCUCGAUUUCUCCGUCCUCGAGUGCAUUUGAGUGAUGAAAUUGUGAUGAACGAUAAACGUGGAGGUGGUGUGGUUAGUGGGCACGCUAGUGCCCACGGCAGCUCGUCCCGAGGACGAGCGUCGCCCGGCGGGCAAUCAACAAGGUCACCUUACAGUAGUACUGCAGGUGUAGUUCCAUUGUAUGCAACAGGAGCUAUGAACCAUCACAAAGUUAAUAGAAGCCAUAACCAUGCAAAUGACGGAAUUACCCUCAAUUGUAUUUGUUUUUCUACUUUACUUUUCAUCAUUUGUAGCAUAUUUGUUAAUAUUAUUUUGUAAUUAUAUAUAGUAUAUUUCGUUAGAGAUAUCAUUUUCUUUUUACGAGUUUUUUAUGUAAAGUAUUUCUAUUUUC